GUGUGUGUACUUAGUAUGGGUGUGUAGUGUAUACUGUGUUAGUGGUAUUACGUUUCGAUGUUAUGCGUUAUGCUUUCAAUUUCGCAUGAAAGUAUCUAAAUAAGCGAUGAAUAUGCCGAAAUCCAUACCCGACAGAUGGUUGGAAUAUAAGCCUUAUGGAACCGUAAUCAGUGGUACAAAAAUUCUACCGUUCAAAGUGCCGCUAAAGGAGGCUCUGAGUAACAAUUUGGAGCCAGACAAACGAUUCACCCCUUCAACACUGUUGCAAGCGUUUCCGCAUCUCAAGUGUAUAAUAGAUCUGACGAAUACUGAUCGCUAUUAUGAUCAAAAGGAAUUCAUUAAUUCUGGAGUCAAGUAUGAAAAAAUUAUGGUUCGCGGCCGGGAGAUUCCCACCUUCGACGUGGUAAAGAAGUAAGUAUUUUCCCAAUUUCUUAUAUUAG